AUGUUUACUAGAGUCGGUAGAGUUGCUAGAGUUGCCAGGGUGGCUCCCAGAGUUGCUAAGGCUGGCAUGAGACCAUAUUCCACGGCCAAGCCCACUUCUUCCUCUGUGAAGAUUACUCUUGGAGUUGCUGUUGGUCUUCUUGGAGCUGAAGCUAUUUAUUUGUUGAGUACCAAGUCUGGAAAGUCUGGAAAGUCUGGAAAGGCUAGUGAAUUGAUUGAAGCUGUCAAAGUUCCUGAGGUGGCGGAAGAAAUCAAGUCUGUUGUUGCCGAAACCACUGAAUCCGUUAGUGAAGGUGCCUCUCAAUCUGUGGCUGCUAUUAGUGAAGCUGCCAAUGCUAUCUCUGAGUCUAUUCCUGAAACCAUUUUGGAUUCUGAAACUGCUGCUGCAAUUUCCGAGACUAUUGCUAAACUUGAAGUAGCUGUAUCUCAACUUGAAGAAAAGUUUGAUGGUGUUAAGGACCCCAAGAAGCUUAACGAAGCCGUUCAAAAAGUUGAAACCAAGUUGGAACAAGCUGUAGAUGAAGUAGUGGGUGAAGCAAAGAGUUUGGUAACAGAAGAAAGCGAAGACGAUGAUCAACAACAGCAAGCUGCUUACAACCCAGAAACAGGUGAAAUCAAUUGGGACUGUCCCUGUUUAGGAGGAAUGGCUCAUGGUCCUUGUGGUGAAGAAUUCAAGGCAGCCUUUUCAUGUUUUGUUUAUUCUGAAUCGGAACCAAAGGGAAUGGAUUGUAUUGAGAAGUUUGAAUUGAUGAGAACGUGUUUCAGAAAGUAUCCUGAAGUCUACCGUGAACAAUUGUACGAAGAUGAUGAAGAGCCUGAACCUGAACCAGUGACCAAAGCUAAUGAUUGA